CCCAAUGUAAAGAAGGAGGAAGAAGGAACUACAUGCUGAAAAUUGGAUAUAUUGGUUCCGUGCAAGCUGAGUUCAACUCAUUUCUUGUCGUCGCGCUGUAAAACAGAGUUCAUCUGUAGCGACGCGUGGAGUUUGAGCUCGAGCUUCUCUGCUUUCAUCGCAUCUUCCAGUAGAACGCAAAUACAAGCGCUUCGAUCACGACUGCCUGCAACAAGAUGGAUCACCAUCGCUGUGACUCUGACUGCAGUGAUGAUCGUCCUCCUGCUUUUAACCGUGACGAGAAUCAAUCAGAUGAGAUGCGAUCACGUUAUGAUGCCACUCUAAUGAAACAAGGUCCUCCAGCGCUUUACCGACUGAACACAAAAAGAAAUCAGAUUGAUGGAAAUGAGACAAAGGUCAAACAGUGGACAUAUGGACAAAAGAACAGAAACAAGCAGAACAAAGUCAUACUGAUGGUGGGAGAAACCGGCGCUGGGAAAACAACCAUGAUCAAUACUAUGAUCAACUACUUUCUGGGAGUGAAGUUUGAUGAUCAAGAGUUUUAUCAAAUCACAGAAGAAACGGAUGAUGCAGCUCAAUCACAAUCCCAGACACAUCAGAUGACUGUUUAUGAAGUGUUUGUUGAAGAAAACCCAACAUCUCUGACCAUCAUUGACACUCCAGGAUACGGAAACACUGAAGGAUACGAGAAAGACCGAGAGAUAUCGGAGUAUCUGAUGAGAUUAUUUUCAGAUGAGGAUGGUAUUCAUUAUAUUGAUGCCGUGUGUUUUGUGAUGAAGGCGUCUCAGAAUCGACUCUCUGAAAAAGAGUUUUACAUCUUUCACUCAGUUCUGUCUAUACUUGGUAAAGAUAUAGAGAACAGCAUAAUGUUUCUCAUGUCACAGUCAGAUGGAUUACCUCCAACAGAUGCUCUUAAUGCCAUUAAAACAGCAGAAAUACCCUGCAGAAAGAAUAUGAAAGAACCCGUUCACUUAUUGUUCAACAACCGACAGAAAGACAAAAGAGAUGAAGAGUAUGAGUUAAAGUACAGGUCAACCUGGGAAAUGGGCGAGAGAAGCAUGAAUCGGUUGUUCACACUUCUGGAGGAAAACAACAGAAAAAGUGUUCAGAUGACAUUAGAUGUUCUGAAAGAGAGAAGACAACUUGAGGCCUGUGUCAACAGUCUGGUGGAACGAAUCUCUGAUAAAGAGUCAAAAACUGAAGAACUGAAUCAGAUUCAAGAAGCCCUCAGACAGAACAGAGACAAGAUUACGAGAUGUGAAAACUUUCAGUUUACAGUAACAAAAACAGUCAAAGAAAAAGUCCUCAUUGAGAAUAAAUCAUGGAGGAACAGAAACGCAACCUGCUGCUCUGUCUGUCAGGAGAACUGUCAUGUGAAGGGCUGCUGGUGGGUGAAUGAUCUCUCGUGGUGUUCAGUCAUGGAAAACAACUACUGCACUGUGUGUACAAGGAAGUGUCAUUACAGCACACAUGUCCAAGAGAACAAAAUAUAUGAGAUGAGAAAAAAACCAGUCUAUAUGACAUUUGAUGAGCUCAAACAGGAGUAUGAACGCACUGGUGACCAUCCUGAAACCAGCUUUGACAAAAAAGUAUAUGAAAAUACUAAAAAAGAACUUGAAAGUAUCAUGAAAGAGUCUGAGAUGAAAACGAAAACAGAAGAAAAACUAAAGAGGGAUCUGGAGAAGAUUCAAAAGGAAAAGUCCAACCUGCUGCAUGAAGCUUAUAUGAGCAUCCUGAUUCUGUCUAAGAUCGCAUUAAAAUCAGACACCACUUUCACUCUUCAACAUCUGGAUUUCUUGAUUCCCAGACUGAAGGAGGAGGGGAAAGAUGAAUGGAUGAAGAAGCUGGAGGAUAUGAGGAAAGCUGGAGAAGAACAGAGAAACAAGUUCAGUUCAAACCAGUUCAAUGCAAACUCCACCCACAGCCUAUUACAUUGAUCAACUCAACCACACAUUGACUUCUCAAGAAAACUCCGUGGAUACAGUUACAAUCAUACAAGGAAAGUUUGUAAAAGGCCUAUUGUGAUUCUGUAGCCACAUAUGCCCACAGUGUGAUUGUUUUUCAUUAAGUCUGCAGUAUUUGUCUUAAUGUCAUCAGAUACUAAAUAUACAUCUUUAACUACUAUAUCUUUGCAUGAAAUACAGGCCCCGAUGGGCUAAUUGGGAGCACCGGGAGAAUUCCCGGUGGGCUGGGCUGUUUUUUUGGCUGCGAGGACCAGUGUUGUCAUGCCACUGGGUUUGAAAUAUGGACGCUGUCCCUAGACUGACUGCACUCACAGCAGCCCCACUUUUUUUAUUUAUUAGUUUCUCACAGCCCCACACGCAGAGUGCACUGACUGAAUGAUAUCUGUAUGGCCAAAAAUGGAGUAAAAUGUUUCCGCUGAAUAUCAUUAAACACUAUAAACAUAGCUAUUGCAGUUCCCCUCACUCCACAACAAAUUCUUUAAAUUUAAUGUUAACAUUCCGCUUUAUUUGCCGCUAUUAUUUCUGAAAGUAAUAAUACGACUUAUACGUGACUUAUCUGUGGUGUUUUUUUCUUUUUCUCAAACACUUUCCAAAACAUCCGCUUUUCAAGAUGCACGUGUUUAUUUGUCUGAUCCUUGAUGCGAUCGCGCGUAGCAGUGCAAAGUUGAUUCUG